CGGCGGACCGCGGCGCGGCUCGCUUCCGGCGGCGCUCCGAAUGACGUAAGAGCGCGCCGAGCGGCGUGGCCCUGGGACGCUGCGGGGGCACAUGGAGGUCAGCGGCGGUGCUGGCGGCCGCGGUGUAGGGCUGUGGAACUGCCGGCUAGGAGUCUCAGCUGCCUGCCCCCCGGGCCGAGAUGGCAGUUCGCCUGGUGAAGCGAUGCACCUGCCUCCUGAGGGGGGCCAUGCUCGAGGCCCCUGCCCUGGCUCCGGGCUGCGGACUCCGACUUAGCAGGGUCGCCCCCAGGGUUCUGACGUCCUCAGCUACCUCGCCCAGUUCCCACUUCCCAGGUCCCUUAUCGGGGCUUGUGGAGAAGGAACGGGCAUUCGCCGCCAACUCAGAGCACCAAGAUGUGGACCAGCUCAUCGAGAAGGCUACUCGGCCUGAGGAGCUGCUGGAGCUCUUUCGUGGUGGUCACUGCUUGCACGAGAACCAUGCAGCCCUCAUCCUCAUCCAGCUCUCUCGCCUGCUGGCCAACAAGCCAGAAGACAAGAAGGCAUUGCUUCUGCAGGAUGCCCACUUCCAGCAGCUGCUUCAGCUGGUCAAUAGCCAGAUAACCUCCGUGUGGCACGGGAUCCUCGUGAAGCUGCUCCGGAGCCUCUAUGCGCUGGCGCUCCCCGGGGCCUGCAAGGAGCUGCAGUCGGUGGAGCAGGAGGUCCGCUGGCGCCUGCGCAGGCUUAAGUACAGGCACCUGGUCUUCCUGGCGGAGUCUAGUGCCACCUACAUGCAGGAGCGGGACUCCCAGGAGCUGCUGGCUGAGCUGCUUGUGCACCUGGAGCGGCGAUGGGCAGAAAUCGAGGAUUGCCGCAUGGUAGUGUCCAUGAUGGCCAAGAUAGGGCACCUCUCGGAGCCACUGAUGAACCGCCUGGAAGACAAGUGCCUGGAGCUGGUGGAGCAGUUUGGCCCCGACGAACUACGGAAGGUGCUGUUGACGCUAGCCACUCAGAAUCGGCGGUCAGUGCCCUUGCUGCGGGCCAUCUCUUACCACCUGGUCCAGAAGCCCUUCCCCCUGACGAAAGGCAUCCUCCUGGACCUGGCUUACGCCUAUGGCAAACUCGGCUUCCAGCAGACCCAGGUGUUCCAGCGCCUUGCAUCUGACCUGCUGCCCCGUGCUCCCAGCCUGACAUCCAGCGAGGUGGCCCGCUGCACCAAGUCCUUCGCCCUCCUCAAGUGGGUCAACGGGCCCCUGUUUGAGGCCUUCGUCCAGCACAUCCUAGACAGAGCCCAGACUAUCACUGGGCUACACCUGUGCAACAUGCUCCUGGCCUUCGCGCAUCUGAACUUCCACCCGGAACAAGAGGACCAGUUCUUCUGCUUGGUCCGUGAGAAGCUGGGCUCAAUGCUGUCGGGCCUGCCCCCAGCCCUGCAGGUGGACGUGGUGUGGGCUCUGUGCGUGCUGCAGCAGGUGCAAGAGGCAGAGCUGCGGGCUGUGCUGUGCCCUGAGCUGCAUACCCAGUUCCUAGGGGGCGGGUCCCCAAAACAUCAGAGCACCUUUCAGAAGCUGCUGCACAUCAACGCUACUGCCCAGCUGGAGUAUCCCGAGUACACGGGCCCCCUCCUUCCGGCCUCUGCUGUGGUCCCCAGGCUCUCAGCCUUAGACAGGAAGGUGACCCCUUUGCAGAAGGAGCUGCAGGACACACUGAGGGGGCUGCUGGGGAGCAAGGGCAGCUUCAUGGUGCCCACGCAGUACGGCUGGGUCCUGGACGCUGAGGUAGUGUUGGACCCAGAUAGCCAGUUCCUGCCCCCGAGGGACUUCGUGGCCCCCCAUCUUGCCCCACCCUCCGGGAGCCAGCCGUUGCCUCCUGGAGCCAAGAGGCUGGCCUUCCUACGCUGGGAGUUCCCCAACUACAGCAGCCGGAGCCGAGACUUGCUGGGGCGCUUCGUGCUGGCCCGGCGCCAUGUGCUGGCCGCUGGCUUCCUGGUGGUGGAUGUCCCGUACUACGAGUGGCUGGAACUCAAGUCUGAGUGGCAGAAAGGCGCCUACCUGAAGGACAAGAUAAGAAAAGCAGUGGCGGAGGAGCUGGCCAAGUGACCUGUCCUGAGCCGUGAACUGCGUUUCCCCAGGGUGGGGCCAGGUUCCCCCAGAGGCCUGGCCAUGGCCACUCAUGGACACACGUCCCUGUGGGGCUUGCCCAGAGAGGAGUGCUGGCCGGCAGCUCUUGCCUCUUGUGGGCAAUAAACCUAGAAUUUCAGUUUUCAACACCAGAA